UGAUGCAUUUUCAUGAGUGGCUACGCUCACUUGGCUCCAGCUUACAACUCCAAGCACCUGAAGUAGAGGACGUCUGGAGUCUCCUACCGUCCUUCCGGCUCUCCUCCUUCUCCCUCCUGGGUUUUGGAGCUUUGGCCUCCUUCACAACAUACUGGCUGAUGACCCGUCCUCAACCCAUGCGUCCACCGUGUGAUCUCCUGGAGCAAUCUCUUACUGUGGAUGGAGAUCCCAGCUGCAGGCAGUCUGCUGUUGUAAAAGAUAACUUGCGACAGAGUUUUAAAGACGAGGAGAUCGGAACGGUCUAUGAAAUGUUCCAAAGAGGCCUGAGGAUCACAGGAAAUGCCCCCUGCCUUGGCUUCCGGAAGCCAGGACAGCCCUACCAGUGGAUCUCCUACAGCGAGGUGUCUGAGCAGUUACCGGUUCUCGGCUCUGGGCUCUUGGCCAAAGUCUCCCAGAAGAACCAGCACCUGUUUGUUGGAAUAUUUGCACAGAACAGACCAGAGUGGAUGAUCUCAGAGCUGGCCUGUUAUACUUACUCCAUGGCCAUAGUUCCUCUGUAUGAUACGCUGGGAGUCGAGGCCAUGGUCCACAUACUCAACUUAGCUGAGAUCUCUCUUGUGAUCUGUGAUCGAGAGGAGAAGGCGGCUUCCCUCUUGCACAACAAAGAGAAAGGCCUGACUCCAACACUGUCCUGUUUGGUGCUCUUCAACGAUUUCAGCAACGGCUUUGUGGAGCGGGCGAACAAUUGCGGGGUGGAGGUUUUGAAAAUGACACAGCUGAUGGACCUGGGAAGGCAGAACCUCAAAGAUCCUGUGCCGCCCCAGUCUGAGGAUCUGGCCGUGGUUUGCUUCACCAGUGGAACCACAGGAAAGCCCAAGGGAGCCAUGAUCACCCACGGCAACAUCGCCUCCAACGCUUUCUCUGUCAUUAAGCUCCUGGAGGGCUCCAUUGAUUUCCAACAGAACGAUGUGUCGAUUUCCUACCUGCCGCUUGCCCAUAUGUUUGAGAGAAUGAUUCAGGUCACCAUGUUGUGCUAUGGGGCAAGAAUCGGAUUCUACCAAGGGGAUAUUUCACUUCUUAUGGAUGAUAUUAAAACUCUGAAGCCAACCUUCUUUCCUGUUGUGCCUCGUGUGCUCAAUCGUAUUUAUGAUAAGAUCCUGGCUUCCAUCACCUCUCCGUUGAGCCGGGCUCUGCUUAAUUUUGCUGUGAGGAGAAAGCAAGCAGAGCUCAGCCGCGGCAUUGUGCGCAACAACAGUCUGUGGGACAAGCUGGUGUUCAAAAAGAUUCAGGCUGGUUUGGGAGGUAAUGUGCGGUUUGUCCUAACGGCUUCAGCACCGAUUUCCCCCAUUGUGUUGACCUUCCUCAGAGCCACCCUCGGCUGUAUGAUCUUUGAGGGUUAUGGUCAGACAGAGUGCACUGGAGGCUGCACCUUCACCAUGCCGGGUGACUGGAGCACAGGUCAUGUCGGUCCACCGAUGCCCGGUGUCACGGUGAAGCUAAUCGAUAUUCCUGAGAUGAACUAUUACGCUAAAAAUGGCGAAGGAGAGAUCUGUAUCCGUGGUCCCAGCGUGUUUAAGGGCUACCUGCAGGACCCUGAGACCACCGCCAGCACGUUGGACAGUGACGGCUGGCUGCACAGCGGAGACGUGGGAGAGUGGCAGUCUAAUGGGACACUUCGCAUCAUCGACAGGAAGAAACACAUCUUCAAGCUGUCUCAGGGCGAGUACGUUGCUCCAGAGAAGAUAGAGAAUGUCUACAUGCGUUCACUCCCUGUGCUGCAAGUGUUCAUCCAUGGCGACAGUUUACAGUCGUAUCUCAUUGGCAUAGUUGUGCCGGAUCCCGAGGUGUUCGCCGACUGGGCUAAAGAUCGAGGAUUUGUUGGAUCCCAUGAGGAACUGUGCCUGAAUCCUGAUGUAAAGAGCGAAGUCCUGAAGGACAUGAGAGCCGUGGGCAAAGAAGCGGGACUCAAAUCCUUUGAACAAGUGAAAAACAUUCAUUUGCAUCCAGAGAUGUUCACUGUUGCCAACGGCCUUCUCACACCCACCUUCAAAACUAAACGCAGUGACAUCCGCCGAGUGUUUCAGGAACAGUUAGCAAGCAUGUACAGCAAGAUGCCCCUUUAAAGGCUGUCACACACUGCUGUCCAAUAAAGGGAAUGCGGCCCGUGUCCAUAAGUAUUUGGAGAGUAACAUUCUGUACAGUACAAGAUGUGCUUGUAAUGUCAACUUUGAGCUUUAAUUCAAGGGGGUUUAACAAAAAUAUCACAUUAACCAUUUAGAAACAGCCAUUUUUAUAGCCAGCCUAAUUGGACAAACUAAAUAAUUACAUUUUAUACAAAUAAUUGCUUUUAUAGCCAGUUUUCUUGAAAGAAGUCAAGGAAUUUGUGCUAUGCACAGUGUCUGUAACAACACUUACAGAAGCCUAUAACUCAUACAGAUUCGUCAGUGGUGUCUUUGUGGCUUCCCUCAUUUGUCUAUUUCUUGAAUGGUCACUGCAGACACAUUUACCUUACAGUACCACACUGUUUGUGUUUGUUAAAGAUGGAUGUAAAUGAAGUCCGGGACACAUUCAGUGACUUGGAAAUGUCCCCGUCUCUAUCCCGUGACUUGUUUCCAGAUAAGCUAUGAAAAUGAUUUGUAUUUAUAACACUAUACAUUUAUUUUGGCCAAGUACUUAUGACCUCUGAAAAUAGACUGUGUAUACAAAUGGCCAUAAUUCCUAAAUAGUUUAUGCAGUUUUUUUUUUUUCUUGAAUUAAAGUUGAGUCUACACUCCAUAGGCAAAAUAAGGAAAAUGUCAUGGUUGAUGUGCAGCAGUGGUGGAUUCAGGUUAGAGUCAGACACAUUUGGAAUUUUUCAGUCCAUGUGUAGUGAGCAGCAGCAAAUGGGACCAGAACCAUUUUUGAAUACUAAUGUCACAUUAUAGACAUAGAGUUGUGUACAGAACACUUAGAAUGUCAUGCAAGCAAGAAACCUUUUACAGUUACUAAUCAAACGGGUAGAGUCAUGUCCUGAGCUGUGACUCAUUGAGAAUACUUCCUGGUAAAUUGAUCUGGAUUUGAAAGGAUGAGAA